AUGAUUUAUAUUUUAAUAUGGACCGCCGUUCUUCUGGCGGUUCUGACUCUAUACUUCCGGCAAACGUACUCCAGGUUCAGUAAGUAUGGCGUGAAAAAUAUGAAGGUGGUUCCCUUCUUUGGCAAUAUGACGAGGAUGGCAUUCCAGAUGGACCAUUUGGCUGAACAAUUUGAUAAAAUAUACAAAGCCUUCCCGGACGAAAGGUUCGUUGGAAGAUUUGAGUUCUCAAAACCUACGUUAUUUAUACAUGACCUUGAGCUGGUUAAGAAGAUAACAAUUAAAGAUUUCGAUUAUUUCCUCGACCAUCGCGGAUUUACAGAUGAAAAAGUUGAGCCUCUGUUCGGAAGAAAUCUCUUUUCAUUAAAAGGUCAGGAAUGGAAAGAUAUGCGUUCAACUUUGAGCCCAGCGUUCACGAGCUCGAAGAUAAAACUAAUGGUACCAUUCAUGGUGGAAGUAGGUGAACAAAUGAUAAGAACGUUAAAGAAGAAGAUCAGAGAAUCAGACGGUUACAUCGAUGUGGAUUGCAAGGAUUUGACAUCGCGUUUUGCUACUGAUGUGAUCGCGUCCUGUGCGUUUGGCCUAAAAGUCGACUCACAAACGGAAAAAGAAAAUCAGUUCUAUUUGAUGGGCAAAGCCGCUUCUACUAUCAAAUUCCGACAAUUGUUUCUUUUUUUCGCGUUGUCUGCUUGUCCGUCUCUUAUUAAGAUAUUAAAAUUAACGAUGUUUUCGAACAAAACUAGAGAUUUCUUCAUCGACCUGGUACUAAAUACAAUGAAGGACAGAGAAGCUCGUGGCAUUUUUAGGCCUGAUAUGAUCCAUCUGCUUAUGGAGGCUAAGAAAGGUAAAUUAUCGCACGAUGAAAAUGGUAGCGACGACAGUUACCAAGACACUGGGUUUGCUACUGUUGAAGAAUCGUCUACCGGCAAGAGAUCUAUCGACAGAGCGUGGUCUGAUAUCGAUCUCGUUGCCCAAGCUGUCUUGUUCUUCAUCGGAGGCUUCGAAACAAUAUCAAUAUCAAUGUCUUUUGCGCUGCGUGAAUUGGCCCUCCAUCCUGAGGUACAAGAACGACUCGCAAAAGAGAUCAGGGAACAUCAUGCCAAAAAUGGGGGAAAAUUGAACUUUAAUUCCAUACAGAAUAUGACGUAUAUGGAUAUGGUGACUUCAGGUAAGUUUCAAUUAGAAGUACUCCGCCUUUGGCCACCAGGUAUAGGCUUGGAAAGGGUUUGUGCGAAAGAUUACAACAUGGGAAAACCUAAUGACAAAGCUGAAAAGGAUUUUAUUAUGCGAAAAGGAGAGCUUCUUUGGAUUCCAGUGUGGUGUUACCACUAUGACCCUAAAUACUUUCCUAAUCCUAAUAAAUUCGACCCGGAACGUUUCUCUAACGAAAAUAAGCAUAAAAUCAAUCCCAUGGCCUACUUGCCUUUCGGUCUUGGACCCAGGAAUUGUAUUGGAUCAAGAUUUGCUCUGUGUGAAAUGAAGGCUCUGUUAUAUCAAAUUCUACUGCACAUCGAAGUCUCCCCAUCAGAAAAGACCGUUCUCUCCAGAAAGUUAGCUACAAAUUCAUUUAACAUAAGACUUGCAGGCGGCUAUUGGUUUAGAUUCAAAAUCCUUUUCACCGAUCAACCAAUUUCAAAAGCAACGAAUCACAUAAUAAUUGUACAACUACCGCCAAAUAACAGUACUCUGUAUUGUUGUGUUCCGGUUAGAAGGAUGAUAUAUAUUUUAAUAUGGAGCGCCGUGUUACUCGCUGUUCUGGCUCUAUACUUCCGGAAAACGUACUCGAGGUUUAAAGACUGUGGCGUGAAACAUAUUGAGGUGGUGCCCUUCUUUGGCAAUAUGACGAGAGUGGCUUUUCGGAUGGACCAUUUUACUGAAAACUUUGAUAAAACAUACAAAGCUUUUCCUAAAGAAAGGUUCGUUGGAAGAUAUGAGUUCACGAGGCCUACGAUAUUUAUACAAGACCUUGAGUUGGUUAAGAAGGUAACAGUUAAAGAUUUCGAAUACUUCCUCGACCAUCGCGGAUUUACAGAUGAAAAAGUUGAGCCUCUGUUUGGACGAAAUCUCUUUUCAUUGAAAGGUCAGGAAUGGAAAGACAUGCGUUCAACUUUGAGCCCGGCGUUCACGAGCUCGAAGAUAAAAUUAAUGGUGCCCUUUAUGGAGGAAGUGGGUGAGCAAAUGGUAAGAAAUUUGAAGAAGAAGAUCGAAGAAUGGGAAGGCUUCAUCGAAGUGGAUUGCAAGGAUCUGACAUCACGCUUUGCUACUGAUGUGAUCGCGUCCUGUGCAUUUGGUCUAAAGGUCGACUCACAGACUGAAAAGAAAAAUAAGUUCUAUGAAAUGGGCAAAUCAGCUUCUACUUUCAAACUCCGACAAAUGUUGCUUUUCUUCACGUUGUCUGCUUGUCCAUUUCUUGUGAAGAUAUUUAAAAUAACGCUAUUUUCGAACGAAACUAAAGAUUUCUUUAUAGAUCUGGUGCUUAACACAAUGAAAGACAGAGAUGCUCGUAGCAUUAUCAGACCUGACAUGAUUCAUCUACUCAUGGAAGCUAAAAAGGGUCGAUUGUCGCACGAAGAAAAAGGUAGCGGUGACAAUUACCAAGAUACUGGAUUUGCUACUGUUGAAGAAUCGUCCAUUGGCAAGAAAACUAUUGAUAGAGCGUGGUCUGACAUCGAUCUCGUUGCCCAAGCUGUCUUGUUCUUCAUCGGAGGCUUCGAAACAGUAUCAACUGCGAUGUCAUUUGCAAUGCGCGAAUUGGCCCUUCAUCCUGAGGUCCAAGAUCGACUUGCAAAAGAGAUCAGGGAACAUCAUGCCAAACAUGGCGGAAAAUUAAACUUUAAUUCCAUACAGAAUAUGACAUAUAUGGACAUGGUCAUUUCAGAAGUACUCAGACUUUGGCCACCAGCAAUAGCCUUAGAUAGGAUUUGUACGAAAGAUUACAAUAUGGGAAAACCUAAUGACAACGCUGAAAAAGAUUUUAUAAUGCGAAAAGGAGAGGUUCUUUGGAUUCCAGUAUGGUGUUUCCAUCAUGAUCCUAAAUACUUUCCUAAUCCUUAUAAAUUCGAUCCGGAACGUUUUUCAAACGAAAACAAGCAUAAAAUCAAUCCAAUGGCUUACAUGCCUUUCGGUCUUGGACCCAGGAACUGUAUUGGAUCGAGAUUUGCUCUAUGUGAAAUAAAGGCCCUGUUAUAUCAAAUUCUUCUGCAUAUUGAAAUAUAUCCAUCAGAGAAAACCGUCUUCUCUAGAAAGUGUGCUAAUGAUUCCUUCAACAUAAGACUCGCUGGCGGCUAUUGGUUUAGAUUUAAAAUUCGUAAAUGAGAUUUUAUGACACCAUCAACGUAUUUUAUUAUUAUAAUUUUUACUUUAAAUUGCUUUUAUUAAUAUUUACAUCAGAAUUCUAUGCGAAGCCAUCACAACAUAGGCCCAACAUUAACCAUACCAUAAUAAUAAAUGUUAUAUAUUAUUGCUACGGUCAGAAUCACUUUGCCAAAUGUCGAAGGUUUAGCGAAAUGUCAUGUUGUCUCCUAAGGUACAUAAUUACAUUAAACUCAAAGUAGUCAAUAGCCAAAAAUUUCAAAGUUAAAGGUCAAUUAAGCUAGUCAUCAAAAUGAAAACAAAAGACACGACACGAGAGAUAUGAUUACACGAUAAAAAAUUGAUAAGUACUCAAAAUAAAUUAGUUACCUGUUUUUCGUAAAAAAAGUUGAUUCAAUAAUCACCAUCUUUGAUUGCAGUUGUUCCGGGAUGGUUAUAAAUAUAUGGAUACAGUUUCGAGGCAAAUUGUAAAAUGUCUAGUCGUUUUGUUUGAUAGUCCAUGAAACCCAUAUAAUGAUUCAGAUACCGUUUACGGAAUGCAGCGGAAAAUUUUAGGAACUAGUUCCAUUUUAUGCCACCUGAAAUAGCAUAAAAUAAUGCAAGCCUUGUUUGAAAAUAAUGUUUUAAUACAAAAAUGUAUCGAAAAAUAUUUAAUUAUAUUUACUCGUGAUAAACAGAUUAUUUGUGAAACUAUGAAAAACAACUAACAAGGAAAAGUGAAUAACCGUAGAUUAAGUGUUUAAAGUUACAUGGUACGGAAAAACUGCUAAGCUGUCGGAAAAUGACGUUCGACGUUUCUGAACAGAGUAAAUAGUUUUUUCUUACUUUGACUGACACUUACUUCAAAAAUAAUUGAUAGGUACCGUGUUGUAUAAAAUGUAUGU